AUGAACACGCGAACUGGAGAAAGUCCCAUGGAGUUUGAAUGGGAGUCAAGAGGUCCCGGAGAUGCGACCUCGCCCUUCUUUCAGCUCGGCGCACAGCAUGACAGGAAACGUGGGCAGCCCAGGUGUCUUGGAUUCGGAGACGGUUUUGCUCACAUCUAUCUAGGAACGCAUAGCACAUUCAGUUCUCCCAAGAAGCAGACUUUCCCGACCCUGCGAGAGCCAAACUCGCAACCUUUCCUUUUCUCUCAGCCCCGUCACCAGCCCGCACCACCGUCCCCAAAAGCCAAGUUCGGCCAAUCUUCUUUCAUGACGCCGCGGAAAUUCGACGUCGAUUUCUCGUCCGGAGCAGAGAAUAUGUCAUCGCCGGAAUGUGCGGAUAACGAGGAUACCCCCGAGCAGCCGUCAAAGACAGGGAAGGGAAUCGGAGCAAUGUUCAACUUCACCAAGCCCCCACAAAGCCCAGGGCGAGGGCAGAUCCCGCGACUGGCCCAUCACUCCAACGGCGCUGUCAACCGGAUACAAAAGAAGCGCCGCAGGGAUAGGGAGCUCGGCCGAAGAAUCAAAGUGGACAGCGACGACGAGACCGACGACGACCGACCCAGCAGCAGAGACCAGCCGACCAAAUUAGUAAAACCGGGCAAGCAGCAGGCCGAGCAGGGGCCUCGAUCAUCAACGUGGUCUGAAUUCUUCAGCAUGCUUGAAGCACACCCGAAUGUCCCCGCUAUUCUGUCAUGGUGGGCCCAGCUGGUGGUAAAUCUGUCGCUAUUCUCUCUUGCCGUGUACGUUGUCUUCGGGUUUGUCUCGGCGAUCCGCGGCGAGUUCGAGCAGGCCGCGCAAGAAAUGUCCGACACCAUCUUGGCAGAUAUGGCAGUCUGCACGAAGAGCUACCUUGACAACGACUGUGGACGGCCGACCCGAGCACCUGCACUGGAAACGAUCUGCGAGAACUGGGAACGGUGCAUGAAUCGCGACCCGGCGAAGGUUGGCCGAGCCAAGGUCUCCGCCCACACCAUGGCGAUCAUCAUCAACAGCUUCAUUGACCCCAUCAGCUGGAAAGCAAUCCUAUUUUUCCUUGCAACCAUAUCCACAGUGACCGUUGUCAGCAAUUGGUCCUUCCGCUCAUUCAGACACCGUCUUCAACAGCAGCACUAUGCGCAACACCCCCCAUCGCAACCCAUGCACCCACAGCUGCAGCAUAACCCCUCUUUCGGAUACUAUGAGCAGCAAAAUACUCGACACGCACAGACAUACGAGAAACCAGAUCAGCCUCUCAUGUUGGAAAAUACUCGGGCGAUGGACUUCGUGACCGAGCGCAGCCGCGAUCGUGAACAGCACCUUCGUACCCCAAGCCCCACAAAGCGCAGGUUUGCCUGA